UUCUCUUCCCUUCCUUCCCGGGCUGGCGGCGGCUGCGGGUGGUGGACCUGCAGAGCGGCCGUCGCCCACACCUCGCUCUCUCCCGGGCCGGCGGAUCCUUUUGUCUCUCCGAGCGGCGAAGGUCGCAGAGCAGGCGCGGCGGCUGGCGGGCGCACAGACGCCCGCGUUCUUGGUCACCUCCCCAGCCUCGGCCACCGACGAACUUGGGCUCGAGAAGCCAGCGGACCGCAUCCAGCUCCGGAGCCGGGGCAUGGUCUAGCAGCCCAGUGAAGCCUGUGCAGCAUCCCCGAGCCGUUCUGAUCCCUGCUUGGCGUCAGCCUCCACUUGGCCCUAGUGACUCUGAGCACACCGAGGCUCCCUCUGAGGAUCUCUCUUCCCUGGCCACCAGGCGGCAUCUUCUCCAUCUGCUCCAGGUUUAGUCUCCACCGCCAGCCGCCAUGGGCAAGCAGAACAGCAAGCUGCGGCCUGAGGUACUGCAGGACCUGCGGGAACACACGGAGUUCACCGACCACGAGCUGCAGGAGUGGUACAAGGGCUUCCUCAAGGACUGCCCCACCGGCCACCUGACUGUGGAUGAAUUCAAGAAGAUCUACGCCAACUUCUUCCCCUAUGGAGAUGCCUCCAAGUUCGCCGAACAUGUCUUCCGCACCUUUGACACCAACAGCGAUGGCACCAUCGACUUCCGGGAGUUCAUCAUCGCACUGAGCGUGACCUCUCGGGGCAAGCUGGAACAGAAGCUCAAGUGGGCCUUCAGCAUGUACGACCUGGACGGCAAUGGCUACAUCAGCCGCAGCGAGAUGCUGGAGAUUGUGCAGGCCAUCUACAAGAUGGUGUCCUCCGUGAUGAAGAUGCCCGAGGACGAGUCCACGCCCGAGAAGCGAACAGACAAGAUCUUCAGGCAGAUGGACACAAACAAUGAUGGCAAACUGUCCCUGGAAGAAUUCAUCAAAGGUGCCAAGAGCGACCCAUCCAUUGUCCGGUUGCUGCAGUGUGACCCCAGCAGUGCGAGCCAGUUCUGAGGGGAGUGGGCUUUUGGACAGUUGUGAGAAACACGGUCUUGACCUGCCAUCUUCAGCUUUGCUUGCAAAAGUGGAUUCCUCCGUGAUCUCCCCUGCUCUCCCGGGACCUGGGUCCAGGCAGCACACGGCACCCACCUGGCCUGGCCGGCUACGGCUUCCCCCUCUAUCUGAUCCGUUCCGUGUCCCUCCCCGUCCAGUCCAGGCUGGUUCCUUCCAAGGGUUCAAGCAUUCUCGGCUGUAGGGUUCCUCUCUGCACACAGAGGGCCCAGAGGCCCUUAAGGAUACCAGACAGGAUUUUCAGUACCUUCCUGAGACCAGCUGAUUUAUUCUGUGAUCCCAGGUGACUUCUCGGGGAUGAAGAAGAUGGAGAGUAGACAGGCAAGCCCUUCCUGUGCAUGGAUCCACCUCCCUUGUUCAUUUUCUCUGACCAAAGCCGCUUGCACGUAUAUACCGUGGUCUCCUUACUUUUAAUAUAUGAGUUAUGUGUACGGUGAGAUGGACUACAACGUUUAGCCCCUGUAUUUAAUGCCUCUGACUGCCUUUGAAGCAUGGUCCCCUGUGGCCUGUGAUUCCCCCCACCCCCCAAGUCUGGCUGUGCUGUGGUAUUUAUGCAUUCAUGAUUUGCCUGAUUCCACAGGAGAUACAUGCAUGCCCAGGGCUGUGGACAUCUGCCCUCCGUCCUGCAAAUACAGGUGUUUCUGUGUGCUCCGUCCUUCUGUUGAUUGGUCUGGCAUAUUAAAAUGAUCAAAUAAA